GGUCCAGUAAACAUAGCGACAGGUUUACCGUUGUUUUAAUUUGGCGUUAACUAUGGAUUCAGACAACGAAAGAGUUGCAAUGAGGAAGAAGAAUGAAGAAGACAGAAGACGAGAACGUCAAGCAGGUUCAAGCACGCAUGAGUAUGAGGUUGAAGCUUUGGAGCAUUCUGACUCUGACAUUGGCUUGUGUGGCUGGCUGUUGGUCGCGCUCUCCAUUCUUCUCAUGCUGGUUACUCUGCCCAUCUCCAUAUGGAUGUGUAUUAAGAUUGUGAAGGAGUACGAGCGAGCCAUUAUCUUUCGCUUGGGGCGCAUUUUGCGAGGGGGAGCCAAAGGUCCAGGGCUGUUCUUCAUCUUGCCGUGCACUGACAGCUUUAUUAAUGUGGACAUGCGUACCAUCACCUUCGACAUCCCACCGCAAGAGGUUUUGACCAAAGACUCUGUCACAGUGAGUGUUGAUGGUGUGGUGUACUACCGGGUCCAGAAUGCUACUCUGGCUGUGGCUAACAUCACUAAUGCCGAUGCUGCUACACGGCUGUUGGCCCAGACCACCCUGAGGAACGUCCUGGGUACCAAGAACCUGUCAGAGAUCCUGUCUGAUCGUGAAGAAAUUGCACACAGUAUGCAGUCCACUCUGGAUGAUGCUACAGACGACUGGGGGAUCAAGGUGGAGCGGGUGGAGAUCAAAGACGUCAAGCUGCCCAUUCAGCUCCAGAGAGCCAUGGCUGCUGAGGCUGAGGCCACCCGUGAGGCCAGAGCCAAGGUGAUCGCAGCGGAGGGAGAGAUGAACGCGUCGCGGGCGCUGAAGGAGGCCUCCCUGGUGAUUUCUGAGUCUCCGUCAGCCCUGCAGCUGCGUUACCUUCAGACCCUCAACACCAUUGCCGCCGAGAAAAACUCCACCAUCAUUUUCCCGCUGCCGAUAGAGAUGAUGCAGAGCUUCAUGAAAAACUGAGUAGGAGUCUCAAAUCACAUUGUUCACAUGCACAGACACUCAACACACCACACAUGACUUACACACACAUAUUUAGGCCUCUUGUGUUUAUUAAGCAUGUCUCUUUGAACCAGCAGUGCUAAUGGUGGCUCUCCAUCGUGAUGCCAGUCAACCAUUUGUGCCAAUGGGCGAUGAUAUCGUCUAUCGGUAAAACGCUAAUUUCAACUGGUAUUGCUGACCGUGCCUAACCUAGCUAGAGCAAACUCCACCGAAAUAGCAGUUAAUUCCCACUUGUUGUACUGGAACGCGGUCAACCUGGGUGUGACACCCUUCCCAGGUCCGGCUUCCGACUCCUGUGGUAAAAGGAGCACAGCUGUAGUUUGCAUUCAAAAUCAAAAAAAAGAAAAAUGCAACACAAACUAACUGACUAUGGAGUGGAUUAUCAAUUUGAUCCUUGGUUACUUAAUUUCUAAUUGUCAUUUUGUUGUAAAAAUUUAACCUGGUUGCGUUGCUCAGAUCUUUUCUUUCCAUCUUGUGCACUGAUCUGUUUGGCCGAACAGCCAAUCAGAAAGCCAAGUCAGUGUGCUCAGUCAGCUGGACGGCUGCAGAGUAGUGUCAACUACAACCAACGGUACAUUUUAAAUUUUAAUUUAGACAUUCGCUGCGCCAUUGAACGUUGUCAAUGAAUGUUUAGUAUAAAUUUCAUUCCAAUCUCGGCACCAAACGUUCAUUGUAACUGUUAAGGUUCAAACGUGUACCAGGACAUACAGUGUACUGUACUCUCUACUAAUUAUCAUCAUGAGAGUGAUUAUAGAGUGAUUAUAUAAAGAUCUUCCUCUGCAGUGGCCUAAUCUAGGUGGAUUGUGUUAUCAAAUGCUAACUAGAAUGGAGGUAGGCAGCGGUGUUAAAUAGCCCCUUCACAAAGUAGGGAUCGGUCGGAGUGACAUGCAAAUAAUAACACUGACACACACACACACACACACACACACACACUCCUUUUCUCCAGUUGCCAAUACUUCUGUCAUGGUUGAGAGGUUAACAGUCAGGCUGGAUGUUACUUGCUGCUUUCUAUUCAUUUACAGCAUAUUUUACAUUCAGAAGAAUGAACAAAAUAUUAGGAACACCUCAAAUUACCAUAGCAUUGACUCUGCAACAGUAUCAGCUACACUAGUGGUACUGUGUGUAUCAUAGGGCUGUCAGUUGUUCCUAUUAUUUUUUUCCCUAUUAUUGGCUUUACCAAUAAAGAGAAGCGGUGGCUGUUAGAAACCUAUCGCAAAGACAAACGCCUUAACUUACUGCCAUUAAGUCUUUUCAACAGCCUAAUAUCAUAUUUAUAUGCAUUUACAAAAAUAACUAAUGGAUUUUGUUUGUCUAAUUUAUUUAAGCAACAAUAUUUUUUAAGCAACAAAAAUUAUAUUUCUAUGUCACAUACGCUCUUUCCAGGUGCAAACAAGCCAAAUAAGUUAGUCUUUGUGUUUAUCUUUUAAACUGACAUGUAGUUAUUAUAUGUAUUCCUCCCUUUAACAUACAAAGAACAGAAGUGUUAGUAAAUGUACGUUAAAGUAUGUCUGACUUAGUAGUGUUACUAUAUACUAUGUGUGUGUGUGUGUGUGUGUAUAUAUAUAUAAUUGCAGAAAUGUGAAGCUGUGACUAGACACAGUUUCAGGUUGGUCACAAAUGAGUUUAAAGUAGCACUAUAGAUUUUUUUAAUUAUUAUAGACUGUUACAGAAUUUUUACUACAGUAACUCCUGUAUAUUUGAGUUGCUACAACAGAGAUAGUAUUAUUUUGCCACAGCUACAUAAAAAGAAUCUUGAGUAAACUUUAGAGUUUGAACUCUGUUACAGAGAGAAGUGGUUACAUAGUACACAUAGCACGACAUAGUGCUGCUGAUAACCGAGCGUUUGUGUUCAGAGAAAGAAA